GUUUGAUUACAGCUAGCUGUUACUAAGCUGAACAACAAGCUGCCAAUGUUUCUUAGGAAUAAUCCUGAUCAAGAAAUAAACAUGUGCAAAGGGCAGCUUGUGCUUCCUCCUUUCAUGUGCUCAGUACAGACAGACAAAGACUGGAGCAAGAUCUGCAGCUUUCCCAGCCUUCUCACUGCUUUGUUAAUAGCCACAAAUGCCUGAAAUGUUGAUGGAAAUAGAGGAGGCAGAUGUUGUUUUUCCUAAUCGAAGGGCACUGAUAACAGGAGCAAGUGGUUUGUUGGGCCGCGCUGUGUACAGAAAAUUCAAGGACAACAACUGGCAUGUUUUGGGAUGUGGAUAUAGCCGGGCGCGGCCUCGCUUCGAGUAUCUUAAUUUACUAGACACAUCUGCUGUGAAGGAGUUUAUCCGUGAAUUCAAGCCACAUGUGAUUGUUCAUUGUGCAGCAGAAAGGAGACCAGAUAUUGUUGAGAAUCACCCAGAAUUUGCCACCAGGCUAAAUGUUGAGGCAUCUGCAAAUCUUGCCAAAGUAGCAGCUGCAGCUGGAGCAUUCCUGAUCUACAUUAGUUCAGACUAUGUCUUUGAUGGAUCAAAUCCCCCGUACAGAGAGGAAUCUGUGCCAAAUCCCCUGAACCUGUAUGGUAAAACGAAACUAGAAGGAGAGCGAGCAAUCCUGCAAAACAGUGAUAAUGCUGCUGUGCUCAGAGUUCCUGUGCUAUAUGGGGAUGUGGAGAAACUAGAGGAGAGUGCAAUUACAAUACUGUUCGACAAGGUGCAGUUCAGCAACAAAUCUGCUAACAUGGACCAUUGGCAGCAGAGAUUUCCCACCUAUGUAAAGGACGUAGCCACUGUCUGCUUCCAGUUAACUGAGAAAAAAAUGCAGGAGCCUUCACUGAUCAAGGGAAUUUAUCACUGGUCAGGGAAUGAACAGAUGACAAAGUAUGAAAUAGCUUGUGCUAUGGCUAAUGCGUUUAAUCUUCCUAGCAGCCACCUGAGACCGAUCACAGAUGAAACUGUUGGUGCAACUCCUAGACCUUGGAACCCCCAACUAGACUGCUCCAAGCUGGAGGAGCUUGGCAUUGGUCAGAGGACACCAUUCAGAGUUGGCAUUAAAGAUUCUCUGUGGCCAUUUUUAGUGGAGAAGAAAAUGCGGCAAACUAUCUUCCAUUAGUUUAGUUCUUUGUUUUUCUGUAUGUCGAACUGAUUUCUAUGUAUGUUUGUUUUGCUCUUUUCUUAAAGAAAUUUAGUUUGUGUAUCUGUGUUAUAAAAAAUAUAAUACUAAUACAAUUUGAGCAAAGUUGUCAGUGACAGAAUGCUAGGUGUUUUAAAAGGUUCUUUUGAAAAUGGUUAAAUUACA